UGCUAUUGCUUAAAUCCUUAAUGCCUAGGUGUGGAUUACGUCAGUGCAAAAAAGUUUUUCUUUUCACUGACACCUAUCUUCUCUUUGCUAAGUGGCACAUGAGAUAAUUCUUUUAAUUCCGAGAAAACAAGUCUACUUUCCCCAUACUUAUACCCACUAUGACUAAGGUAGGCAUACAUCCAGGGUGUGAUACUACAAAGACGACAGAACAUGACUUUAUGGUCAGUGAGAAUGAAAGUGUAUUUCCGUCAUAAGCAGAAAUUUUAUUUUUAUGCUGGUGCUGGGGUCAGUCCAGGAAUGGUUUUUGUCCAAAAAUACUCUUUUGCAAUUUUAAAAUACUUGUCUCCUGGUUUCGACUCUGCAUUGUUGUAUUUGCCUAAUUAUGCAUGACUCACUGUGUGCCCUGUUCCACUCUUUACAGAUUGACAUUCAGAUUCAAGAUGCACUGCGCCGCUAUCAUCAAUGUGCUACCAUUCAGCUGGACUUCCAGCUUCCAGAAAGGUUCAACCUAACUUACGUCAGUGGUGAAGGCGAUGAAAAGAAAAGGCCAGUCAUUAUUCACCGUGCGAUUCUGGGCUCUGUAGAGAGAAUGAUCGCUGUAUUGACAGAGAAUUUUGGUGGAAAGUGGCCGUUCUGGCUGUCACCAACUCAGGCCAUUGUGAUUCCUGUGUCUCCGAAAUAUGAGGAGUAUGCAAUCAAAGUCAAGAAGACCGUGUUUAAUGCAGGUUAUAUGACCGAUGUGGAUCUUGAUCACGGCACCACGCUCAACAAGAAGAUACGAAACGCACAACUUGCUCAGUACAACUUUAUAUUCGUUGUUGGCGAAAAAGAAGAAAAUUCCAACACGGUCAACGUUCGUACGCGCGACAACAAAGUUCAUGGAGAGAAAACCAUCGAUCAAGUGCUAGAAAAGUUUGCCUUCCUCGCCAAAGAACGAAUCAAGGACAGUGAGGACGAAUUUUAAAUUAAAAUAAUGCAGAUCAGUGUAAAAUGUACCCAAAAAUCUCAAGUUGAAUUACUGACUUGAACCGCAGAUGGUGGGGAAAAAAGUGAACAGGGGAAUGGUAGGGGUAGAACUGUGUUACACUGUUCUUAGUAGUCGUUAAUGGAAAAAGAAUGUUUUCUACGCACACGCGUAGAAGACUUUCGUCAAGUGUGGAAUCAAAUGCUACCUGUUUCGCACCUAAUCGAGUUCGCACGCACUGAGUUUGCACCCCUGAAGUCAUUUAUAUACUUUCUAUUUCGAGUUCGUCUUCACCUUCUGUAGAUUAAAGAACGAGAUGUAAACAUGUUUUGUGUGAUUUCGUUUCGUUAUACCCACAAUGUUGUCUUUUUUGCUCGGUAAGACAAAGAUAAAUUUGCAGCACUUGAUCGCUAGUUGAGCCGAUGUGGGUGCGAACUCGCUUGGAUGCGAAACCUCCAGCUACCGUGGAAUCACGUGGAUGUAGCAAAAUUUUAGAAAUUGUUGCUAUUUCGUAACGAAGCACAGUUGACUAAACGAUGAAGCUGAAAGCGUUGUUUUCUUGCCCACGUUAGUUCCGCCUACUCCCUGUUCCUUCCUGUUUUAAAACAGAUACUCCGCGUGAUUUGGAAUACCGUAGUUGCUUUUGUCCCUGAUGUCGUGUGUCGUGUACCUCAACCCUGAAACCACGAAUUUGUUACCUUCCUUUUUCUGUGCAAUGGAAAAGCCCUCGGCGUAGUGUUUUCUAUUGAUAAUUAGUCAUAAGAUCGGAGCCGAUAGCUGUAGUUUUUGUGAGAAAACCGCUAAAUAACACAUUUAAAGCGUAAGCAUGUAGUUAGAAUUUAACUUGUAAUGUUAAACAAAGCGGUAGCACGGAUCGGUAUUGUGAUUUCAGUGUUACUAUAGAAACGUGAAGAAUAAAACAAUUUGUAAGAAAGA